UAGGAUUCCUCCUGCUGUGCACACGGAGAGAAGUGGCUGCUGGGCCGGGCAGGGCAGACCGCCUCCUCCCCCACCCAGGAGCCGUGGACACGGGCUGGGGAUGGAGCGUGGAGCUGGGCGUUCCUGAGGAGCCUGUCCGGGGAGGAGAGCGAAGAGAUCGGCCGCUGCUUGGAAACGCGGAGGCCGGUCCCUCCCCCGACGCCCGACGCCGGCUGGUAAAUUCCGGCUGAGAAAUCCGGAGGGAGCGCGCGGUGCUGAGUCAUGGAACCCGGGAGCGGGAGCGGGACGCAGGCCACCGGCUGAGUCUCGGAGCCCGGAGGCAUCCACAGGAGGCAGCAGAGGCCAGCAAGGAAAUGUAGCGGAGCCGCUGGAGGCCCUGCCUGCCCGAGCUUGGUGUGAACAGCCCAGCCCAGACGCAGCCUGCCCGGGGCACCCGUGGGGCCGCCCUCACCAUGUCCAAGAAGGGCAUGGGCGCCCGAGGCAAGGGGGACAAGGCGGAGCUCCUCGCUGCUCUCCAGGCCGCCAACGAGGACCUGCGGGCCAAGCUCACCGACAUCCAGAUUGAGCUGCAGCAGGAGAAGGGCAAGGUGAGCCGGGUGGAGAGGGAGAAGAACCAGGAGCUGCGGCAGGUGCGGGAGCACGAGCAGCACAAGAGCGCGGUGCUGCUCACCGAGCUCAAGACCAAGCUGCACGAGGAGAAGAUGAAGGAGCUGCAGGCCGUGCGGGAGGCGCUGCUGCGGCAGCACGAGGCCGAGCUGCUGCGGGUCGCCAAGACCAAGGACAGCGAGAACCGGCGGCUGCGGGUGCUGCUGCACGCCCUGCGGGACGGCGCCCCCGACAAGGCCAAGGUCCUGCUGCUGGCGGAGGCGAAGGAGGACGCCAAGAAGGGGUUCGAGGCGGAGAAGAUGAGGAUGCAGCAGGAGAUCUCGGAGCUCAAGGGGGCCAAGAAGCAGGUGGAGGAGGCGCUGACCAUCGUGGCCCAGGCCGACAAGAUCAAGGCCGCGGAGAUCCGCAGCGUGUACCAUCUGCACCAGGAGGAGAUCUCCCGCAUCAAGAAGGAGUGCGAGCGGGAGAUCCGCAGGCUGAUGGAGGAGAUAAAAUUUAAAGACAGAGCAGUCUUCGUGCUGGAGAGAGAGUUAGGGGUUCAAGCUGGGCAUGCUCAGAGACUACAGCUCCAAAAAGAGGCUCUAGAUGAGCAGCUGUCCCAGGUCAAAGAGGCUGAUCGGCACCUGGGCAGCCCCAGACGGGAGCUUCCUCAUGCAGGCGGUGCAGGAGACGCCUCAGACCACUCGGGAAGCCCUGAACAGCAGUUGGAUGAAAAGGAUGCGCGGCGCUUCCAGCUUAAGAUCGCGGAGUUGAGUGCGAUCGUCCGGAAGCUGGAGGACCGAAACGCCUUGCUUUCGGAGGAAAGGAAUGAGCUGUUAAAGCGCUUGAGGGAAGCGGAGAGUCAGUACAAGCCACUGCUGGAUAAGAACAAGCGACUUUCCCGGAAGAAUGAGGACCUGUCCCACGCUCUGCGGCGGAUGGAGAACAAGUUAAAAUUUGUCACCCAGGAGAACAUAGAAAUGCGGCAGAGGGCCGGCGUCAUCAGGAGGCCCAGCUCCCUGAACGACCUGGACCAAAGCCAGGACGAAAGAGAAGUGGACUUCCUGAAAACGCAGAUCGUGGAGCAGCAGAACCUCAUCGACGAGCUUUCCAAGACACUUGAGACCGCCGGCUACGUGAAGAGUGUGCUAGAGCGCGAUAAGCUUUUGAGAUAUCGGAAGCAAAGAAAGAAAAUGGCCAAACUCCCCAAGCCGGUUGUGGUGGAGACCUUCUUUGGGUAUGAUGAAGAGGCUUCCCUGGAGUCCGACGGCUCCUCCAUCUCCUACCAGACGGACAGGACGGACCAGACCCCCUGUACGCCUGACGAUGACCUGGAGGAGGGCGUGGCCAAGGAGGAGACGGAGCUGCGGUUCCGGCAGCUGACCAUGGAGUACCAGGCCCUGCAGCGGGCCUACGCCUUGCUGCAGGAGCAGGUCGGAGGGACGCUGGACGCAGAGCGAGAAGUUAAGACCCGUGAGCAGCUGCAAGCAGAGGUGCAGAGAGCCCAGGCUCGGAUAGAAGACCUGGAGCAGGCCCUGGCCAAGCAGGGGCAGGACAUGAAGUGGGUUGAAGAGAAGCAGGCCCUGUACCGAAGGAACCAAGAACUUGUGGAGAAGAUUAAACAAAUGGAAAUAGAAGAGGGUCGAUUAAAGCACGAGGUUCAGGAUGCGAGGGACCAAAACGAGCUACUGGAGUUCCGGAUCCUGGAACUUGAGGAGAGGGAGCGGAAGUCCCCAGCCAUCAACUUCCACCACACCCCCUUCGCAGAGGGGAAGAGCCCCCUCCAAGCCUACUGCGAAGCUGAAGGCGUGACGGACAUCCUGGUCUCGGAGCUGAUGAAGCAGCUGGACAUCCUGGGGGAUAACGCCGUAAGUAAUCUGACCAAUGAGGAGCAAGUGGUCGUCAUACAAGCUAGGACCGUCCUGACCUUGGCUGAAAAGUGGCUCCAGCAGAUUGAGGAGACGGAGUCGGCCCUGCACCAGAAGAUGGUUGACCUAGAGAGUGAGAAGGAGCUGUUCAGCAAACAGAAGGGCUACCUGGACGAGGAGCUGGACUACAGGAAGCAGAGCUUGGACCAGGCUCACAAGCACAUCCUGGAGUUGGAAGCCAUGCUGUACGACGCCCUGCAGCAGGAGGCCGGGGCCAAGGUGGCCGAGAUCCUGUCGGAGGAGGAGCGUGAGAAGCUCAAGGCGGCCGUGGAGCAGUGGAAGCGGCAGGUGAUGAGCGAGCUGCGGGAGCGCGAUGCCCAGAUCCUGCGGGAGCGCAUGGAGCUGCUGCAGCUGGCCCAGCAGAGAAUUAAAGAGUUAGAAGAAAGAAUAGAAGGUCAGAAGCGGCAAAUAAAGGAGCUGGAGGAAAAGCUUUCAUUCUGUGGUCAUAGCGCGCCUGGCCCCGACACGCCCCCAGAGGAGCCAGACCCCUUUCCUCCAGUGGGACCAGAGGCCAGCAGGUGCCUGGGCAGCAAAACAAGAUGCUGCGUCCCAUUCCUGAAGCCCCAAGAGGAUCUGGUCUCUGGGGACCCCGUCCCGUUGAGGAAGAGGGAGAAAGGGGGGCUUUGAGCACCUCUGAGUGGGCACCGUCCACUCUGCUGAGCCAGACUCAGAACUUGUUUCUUGACUGGGCAUCCUCUGGGAGCGGCCUGAUCCUGGCUGUUGGACCCUGGGUCCCCCCUCGGGACACAGCCUCCUGAUCCUGGUGACAAGGAUGCACACGUUCCCUGCUGAGCAGGUGCUGAGAGCUGCUUCUGUGCAGGGCCGCCCACAAGCCGACACCACCCCCACCCCAACCCUGCUCCUCAAUCGCUCACAAAGCUUGGACGAAGCCUUCAGGAAGAACACAGGCAGCCCAGAGAGGACCCAGGGAAGCCUGUGGCCACGGCGGUGACCUCCAUCCAGGGAAGCCCAGGUGGGUCACAGGGCACGUUCCGAGGACAGCUUCCCCUGGUCCCGCAGGUGGCCUGUGAAGACCCGCUUGCUGGGUCCUGCGCACCUGCUGGCCGGCACGCCCCUGCCUGGUUUGAAGACGCUGUUGGCUCAGGAGCUGGUGUGACUGCUGCACACACCGUGCCGCCACCGGCUUCCAGCCCGCCCUGAGCCGCAUGGAGGAACACGGUGGGGCUGACCAGAAGGAGCAUGACGGUGCGAGGUGGGACGAGCGAGCGCCCCAGCCCACUGGAGAGGGGCCUGGGUUUCCUG